GGGAAAGGCUUAGGGGAUCCAGCUAGGAGUGGAGGCAAGGGAGCCACGCAGAUGAUGAACCCCAAAGUUAUGUACUCCCGCUGGGUCUUGCUGCUGCUGCUUUUUGCUCACCAACAAGGAAGAGCCAAGCCAGUGACCAAUGUCCAGGUAAGUGGAGGGGGUGGUGGAUGAGGUCAGAAGGAUCUGGCUGCAUUUCAAAGCAAUCCAAACCAGAGUCACACUUCCCAAAGCAAUUCGUGAACCGAAAAGCAGCCUUUGAAACUCGCACCGCUCUGAAUUUUGCAGUGCAAGUUCUCCAGCUGGGUAAUGGGCAUCAAUAAAUGCUUGUGCUAGGGUAAAGCACGCACACAGAAAUGCAUAGAUUUCUUUUGAGAGAGAGAGAGAGAAUAGAGAAAUGCACUACAAAAAGAGAUAUUGCCAAAAAAUGUGCACAUUAGGCAAAAUUGAAAAGGUUUUAUUUUAUGGCAAAUAUUUCAUUGCAGAGGAGAUUAUGGUUAGGGGCUGGUUUGGGAGCAGUGGUUAGAGUGUCGGACUUUGACCUGGGAGACCAGGGUUCGAAUCCCCCCCACUCAGCCACGAAGUUCACUGGGUGUGACCUAGGGCCGGUUGCUGUAUCUCAGCCUGCCCUACCUCACAGGGUUGCUGUGAGGAUAAAAUGGGGAGGAGGGGACCCACCAUAGCUGUCAACGUUUCCCUUGUUUUAAGGGAAAUUCCCUUAUUCCGAAUAGGAUUCCUCGCAAGAAAAGGGAAAAGUUGACAGCUAUGGGACGGACGGAUGCCACCCCAGGCUCCUCAGAAGAAUGGUGGGAUAAAAAUGCAGCAAAUAAAUACAGAUGAUUAGUGCUAAGUUUUCAAGUGUAAUUCGUUUUUAGUUUCGGUUGUUGUUUUUUUCAUUGCAAACUAAUGUUGAGAGCCGAACUUUAGAUGGGAGGAAUGAGAAAUUGAAAGUGACAGAUCUGUCCCAUCUUUAGGUAAGAGGAAGGAACAGCCCCCAGAAAAAAGCCAAGUGAGGUUUUCCAGUGGAAUGAAGGGAAGAGGCUCUUUGGGGGUAUAAAGACUCACCUGGACCGAAGUUGGAGGUGAUGCAAAAAGCGAGGGGAGCCACCCCAAUAGUUAUAAGCAAGUCAAAUUUUAUAGGUGUCAGCUUGCAGGGAAGGGAGAAGCAGAGAGGGCGAGAGGACGGGGUCUUGGCUUUGCUGGUGCUUAUUUUGUUUCUUUUGUUUGCUGGUGCUUAUUUGGUUUCACCCCACGACGGGGUGAGCUCCCGUUGCUCAGUCCCAGCUCCUGUCAACCUAGCAGUUCGAAGGCACGUCAAAGUGCAAGUAGAUAAAUAGGUACCACUGUGGCGGGAAGGUAAACGGCGUUUCCGUGCGCUGCUCUGGUUCGCCAGAAGUGGCUUUGUCCUGCUGGCCACAUGACCCGGAAGCUGUACGCUGGCUCCCUCGGCCAGUAAAGUGAGAUGAGCGCCGCAACCCCAGAGUCGGUCACGACUGAACCUAAUGGUCAGGGGUCCUUUACCUAUUUUGUUUCUCUUCCUUCUCCCUGCACCCUCCUGUAUUUUUCAGACCCUGUCUAAGUGGUUAGAGGAGGACCUCGAACAGCCAGCAGGGUCCGAGGAAACAGAGCAGGACCAAGAUGAGACCCUCCUAACCGGAGCCUUGGAACAACAGGAUGCUGUACUGCCAUGGGCCAGGAGACCCCAGGAAGGGGUGCCCCUCUCAGAAAGCAAUUUCCAGAGGCUCUUCAAUGACCUCCUGGGCUCUUCCCGGAGGUAUCGGGGAAGGAGCAAAAAGGGCCUUUUGAGAGGAUGCUUCGGGGUCAAGCUGGACCGGAUCGGGGCUCUGAGUGGGCUGGGGUGCUGAAAGGCAGCCCGGCAGGUAAGUGUCCACAACUGGAAGAUUCUGGCCUGGUUGCGUCAAGACCGGAUGGUUGCAAUGCGCUCCACGUGGGGCUUCCUUUGCACGUGAACCGGAAGCCGCAGUCUGUGCAGAAUUCUGCAGCACAAUUGCAUACAAUAGCUGUGCUCAGGGAUCUGCUACCGGGCCAAGUUCAAGGUGUUACUAUUAGUAUAUAAAGCCCUUAACAGCUUCACCAGUUUACCUAUGAGAACACCUCACCCCCCAAAUAUGCCCACACGAUUGCUUUGAUUGGUGGAACUGGCACUACCAAAGGUACCACAGAAUCCCUGUCCUGCAUUUGUAAAAAGUCCAGCUUUUAGUGUGGCAGCAGCACCUUUGGAACUCCCUGCCUAUUGAAUUCAGACAGGUGCCUUCAUUGAACUCUUUUUGGUGUCUGCUGAAAACAGAUAAGCCCAGCCAGAUGUUUAAAAAGUCGGUGUGAGUUUUGAUCUGUUUUUAAUCUUCUUUUUUAGCUUUUCAAAAGUCAUUGAUCUUUCUUACUGAUCUUUCUUACUGAUCUUAUUACCUUUUUUGUAAACCUCUUUGAGGUUUUUGUUUUACAAUCAAGCGGUGUAUAUGUUUUAUGAAAUAUACAGUGGUACCUCAGGUUACAUACGCUUCAGGUUACAUACACUUCAGGUUACAGACUCUGCUAACCCAGAAAUAUUACCUCGGGUUAAGAACUUUGCUUCAGGAUGAGAACAGAAAUUGUGCUCCGGCAGCGCGGCAACAGCAGGAGGAGGCCCCAUUAGCUAUAGUGGUGCUUCAGGUUAAGAACAGUUUCAGGUUAAGUACGGACCUCCGGAACGAAUUACGUACUUAACCCAAGGUACCACUGUAUAAAUAAAUUUCAGGCAGGAGUUUCAUGGGGUUCAUAGAGGCUAGGCAACCAUCUCUCAGGGAUGGUACACCAUAAGAGCCGCAGACAUUCUCCCUGACACAGGGUCUGCCAACCUUACUUGUAGCCUGGUUCCAAUACCGAGAAAUGGUUCCGGGCACCAGAAUGCACCCAACUCUUUGGGCUACAACAUAAUGUCCCUCCCCUCAAUCCUGGACUCAGGGAGGGGGAUUCUGUGAGCACCAAGAAAGGCUUCUAACAGAACAGAGGAUGUUAUAAAAGAUACUAGUCUUCAUGGUCCUGUGUGAUUUAAAUGGAAACGUAGGAAGCUGCCUUCUACUGAGCUUUGGUCCAUCUAGCUCAGCAUUGCCAACCCUGACUGGCAGCGGCACUCCCGGGUUUCAGGCAAGGGAUGUCUCCAGCUUUACCUGGAGAUGCUGUUGAAAAUUGAACCUAAGACCUUCUGCAUGCAAAGCUCUGCCAGUGAGCUAUAACGCUUCCCCGCAGGGACCUCGCGGGCAACCUCUGCCCUAAUACACACCCAGCUCUUUAGGCAGAGUUUGCGAUCUGCAUUUAUUACAUUAAAAAUAAUAUUCCUUGGGGGAGAGAAUCGACCAAGCCAAUUAAAUCGGGGCGCCUUCUCUUCCACUCGCAGGGAAAGGUUUUCAGCCAAUUAACCUUGCCAAGGAAGGCAGCUAAGCAUGACAGACGCGCUGAGCUUCCUCUCUCAUAGGGCUGUUCCAGAGAGAGGCCGUUUCAGAACAUGAUAUAUUUUCGUUUCCCUUUCUUCUCCUUCAGCAGGACCCUUCGCUGGCAGGACCCAUCGCCUCCCAGAGAGACAACCAACACCCUCAUUCAUCGCCAAGGCAUCCCCACCUUCAAGCAAAAACCUUCACACCUCCUGCCUCUGCCCACCUCCAUAA